CAGGAUUAUUCUUUCAUUAUGAGAUUUGAUACUUCCCGUCUCUUUUGCUUCGAUGUUGUCUCUCUGGGUCACUCUGCGGUUUCUUUUAAUACACCUCACAGUAUGUUGCCUUCUUUACCUGUCCGGCGCGGAAAGGACAACUACCCAGCGGAGUGAAUAUGGACGCACCAUUACGCGUGAACUCUUUAAUUCGCUUGAGGAAUUAUCGCGUAUCGUUGACAUCUCUUACUGCGUCGGCCACACUGGAAUUUGGAAACCUUUCGAGUGUCUCAGCCGCUGCGACAAGUUCCAGGACUUCGAGUUGAUAACUACAUGGAAUACUGGUCCCCUAAUGUCAGACUCAUGCGGUUACAUCGCUCUAUCUCAUCCUCCAUCCCCGAAGCGUAUCAUCGUUGCAUUUCGGGGGACGCAUUCGCUCGCCAACACGGUUGUUGAUCUCUCCGCGUAUCUGCAGCCAUAUGUCCCAUACACAGGAGUGGGAAAUGAUACAGGAAAACCGGGAUGUUCGAACUGUACCGUUCAUGCCGGUUUCAUGGCUUCCUGGCAAAAUGCCCGAUCUAUUAUUCUUCCCUAUCUUCUAGCAGCGCGGAAACAACACCCAGACUACAAGUUUGUACUCGUGGGUCACUCGCUUGGUGGGGCUGUAGCUGCCCUGGCCGGUCUCGAAAUGCAUUUAAGAGGCUGGGAACCCCAAGUUACGACUUUUGGUGAGCCACGAGUUGGGAACGAGGCCUUUGUUACAUAUCUUGACGAGAGAUUCGAACUGUCCGAUUUAGUAUUAUCAAACUACGAAAAGCAAGACAAUGCAGGUAGGUCUUCUGUUGAGCAGCCCAGAUUCCGCCGGGUAACACACGUCAAUGAUCCUGUACCUUUACUUCCCCUUGAAGAAUUGGGCUAUAAGAUGCAUGGCGGUGAAAUUUUCAUUUCCAAAUUGGACCUUCCUCCGUCUAUUUCAGACGUUGAGGUCUGUGAUGGCGAUCAAGAUCCACGAUGUAUCGCGCAGUCAGAUGCGCUGAGAUUGCUGCUCCAUGAGCUGAAUGAGAGUCGCUCAGUUGAUGCCGGCCAGGUCAACAUCGGUAACCCGGAUAGCCAGGUAGUACUAUCUGACGAAAGACGGCACCGAUCAAUGAUGAGCUCUGAGCAUAGUAAUAGUACAUCGUUGACAUCUUCUGGAAUUCCAUGGCCGCUCAUUCCUUCCAAGUUUAAGUUGUGGGAACUUUUUCUCGCCCACCGCGACUACUUCUGGCGUUUAGGACUCUGUGUCCCUGGUGGAGAUCCCACUAAAUUCAGGGACAUGCCUGAUCUUAAUCCAACGUCAGUGGACAAUAUAAGCUGAGUGUACUGUCCAAUCCAUAUCCAGGCAUCUUCGUUGCUCUUUGCAUGGGUUGUCCUCCCAUUGGCUUACUAGUAGUCAAUGUCUACUAUGCUUAAUCUCAGGAGUACUCCCAGGAACAAUUGAACACUUUUGACUCGAUAUGACGUCUGCUUGUGCUGUAGGAUUAAAGGUCCAACAGAGACGGCAUGAUGCAUGAUGCAUGAUGCAUCAUGGAUCUUCGAAGAGCCAUGAUGUCAUCGGUCUUCUGAGCUGUCUAGAAGCCAGCCCCUGUCAGUUGACGGAGGCCAAGGAGUAUUUACCUAUCCAGUACUCGUACCUGCAGAUGUGAGCGUACCUGUCAUCGAUUCCGUA